ACAUCUUGAAAAUGAAAACAUUGAUAAGAAGAAAACCAUCGUAGUAAUUUUUGUAAUUUUCGUUAAUGUUUGCUCGUUUAAAUAUUAUAGAAUAGAAUGUUGAAAAGUUUUUCAUUUGUGCAUUUUGUUUUAAAAUUAGUUUGAAUCGAUGAUUUAAUUACAUAUUCACGUGAAAGAUGAAUGACGUGUGAAAAAUGUUGAUGUGGAUUAUCAAUGCCAUAACUAGUUCGGAAGUACUUUCAAAGAAGAGCAGUUUUCGUUUAAUAAUUUUACGAGAUGUCGUGAUACAAAUUGUGAUAUGGUUUAAUCUCAAUUCUGGCACUGUCUUCCAAACUGAAGAGAAGUUGGAACAACGUAAUGCUGUGAUAGUAAGCAAAUGGAAAAGCGGUCAUGCGGCAGAAUCAAUGUAUCACUCUUUUCAUCGUAUCCUCGAUCAUAUGGGUUGGUUUGCUCAACUACUACGUGUUACGGUUGGGCAGUGCGAACGAAGAGACUAAAAAAAUAUUCCGUAAAUUAAACGAACUGGAAGCGCGCUUAGACGAGCAGAUAAACGAUAAAGUACUGCACGAAGAGUUGAAGCAAGCGGUCAGUGAACAAAUUAAUAAAACGUGGCACGAGCAGUUGACGUCGGAAAACAAAACCGAUCAGGAAUUGAAAAUACCCCACGAUAAAGACGCGGUCGCCGUGCUGGUGUUCUCGUGUAAUCGUAUAACGGUGGCCAGAUGUUUGGACCAAUUAAUCAAAUAUCGAAAAUCGAAAGAACGUUUUCCUAUUAUCGUGUCGCAGGACUGUAUACACGAGCAAACACACAACAUAAUCGAAUCGUAUAAAAGUCAAGUGUACCACAUACAGCAACCGGAUCAAAGCGAUAUUUUCAUGCCACCGAAGGAGAGGAAGUUCAAAGGGUACUUCAAAAUAGCCAGACAUUACAAGUGGGCUUUGAAUUUAACCUUUAAUCACUACCAAUUCAAUACGGUUAUCGUGAUUGAAGACGAUCUCGACAUAUCGCCCGACUUUUACGAAUAUUUCGCCGCCACUUUGCCCAUUCUACAGAACGAUAAAUCAUUGUGGUGCGUAUCGGCGUGGAACGAUAACGGUAAACUGAACUUGGUCGACAGGAACGCCAUUAAUUUACUCUACAGGACUGAUUUCUUCCCCGGAUUGGGCUGGAUGCUGACCAGAUCGCUGUGGCAAGAAUUGCUCAACAAAUGGCCGGUCAGUUAUUGGGACGAUUGGAUGAGAAGGCCGGAACAACGUCAGAACCGUAGCUGCAUCAGGCCGGAAAUAUCGAGGACCCGCACUUUCGGUAAAAUCGGCGUCAGUAAUGGUCAGCACAAGUCAAGUAGAUACCGAAAUGGGGAUAUAGAUCUAUGUCAACGUCGUAUGGUAGACAUAACUAGAGAUAAACCAAUUAAAGUUAUUAUCAGGGUUGUUGUGCCAGUUCGAGAUCAUCCAAAGUUUAAUUUUGUAGGAAAGUUAUUGGGACCAAAAGGUAAUUCAUUAAAAAGGCUGCAAGAAGAAACAAUGACUAAAAUGGCUAUUUUAGGCAGAGGUUCCAUGAGAGAUAGGCACAAGGUAUGGACUGAGGAAGAGUUACGGAAUUCCGGCGAUCCUCGUUUUUCUCAUUUGUUAGAUGAAUUGCAUGUAGAAAUAACAGCAUUUGCUCCACCAGCCGAAGCUCACGCCCGUAUCGCUUAUGCAUUAUCGGAAGUUCGUCGUUUUCUAGUACCGGAUUACAAUGAUGAAAUUAGGCAAGAACAAAUGUGGGAAAUGCAUAUUUUAAACAGAUCUUCCUCACCAAACAUGAGCAACAGUAGUAAUAAGAACACAGACAUUAGCUGCGGCAUAUUAGAAAAAAGUGCCGGUGAAUUAUUAUCAAAUGGUGUGAUGGCUUUUCCCGGAAUGCAAGGCAAUUCUGGGGUAUCAAAAAGUAGUAACAACAGCGUUAUCGUUCACAAUAACAAUUUAAGCAAUUACGGAACGUCAUCCAGUAACGGAAGUUUAACCCCUCCUGAGUUACCAAAUUCUGUUUCACCUACCCCUGUGCUGAUGUCACAUCCUGCUAUGAGAGGACUGAAAAAUAAAUCAGUUGGUUUAACAUCACCCCCGUUAUCAGGUAGUAAUAUGGCGAUAGGUCGGAAAAGACCGCUUUUAUCGGGCGUAGGUCCGGGAACUAGAUUAUUCAUGUCACCUACAAAACGAACUGUUCUAUCGAUAUUGGCUCGUGCAAAAGCUGCUCAGAACAAAGAAAUAAUCGCUGGAUAUACCCAUCAUCCGCAUAUUACCGCCGAAACAUUAGGUGUGCCGAAUUUUAGAAAAAAUGGCAUGUACAACAAUGCAACCAAUAUACUACUCAACUAAUUAUUCUAAAACAAAUGUCAAUGAAUUAUUUUAUUUAGGACCACUUUUACAUUAUUAAGGAAAGAGAACGUUAAAUUUUUUUGUAUUUUUUAUUAUUUCGAUGAAUAAUUAAUAAUGGCUCAAUGUGAAUUAAUACUUAAUUAAUACCUAUUUACCUCUAAACAUAACUGUACCUAAUACCUUAAUGGCUUUUCCUUUUCAUGUAUGUAUAUUACCUAUAUAUAUACUUCCUAUCUGAUCAUAUCUUAUUUGCACCACAUCGGCAUUUACUAAGUAUAUACUUUUUAUCUGUACAUUUUUGUUUGUUUGUUUUAUUACUUGUAAUUAUAUCGACUGUUUAUUGUUAUUGUGUU